AUGGCAGACAUCGAGCUGAGUCCUGGGCACACAGUGACAUCGCACGGAGCCAAGCUCGCCCGCUUCCACCUCCACGACUGGGUCAUUCUCCUCCUCCUCGGCGGCCUCGAGUUCCUGUUCUAUGAGCUCGAUCCGUUCCACCGGUUCGUCGGCCGCGACAUGAUGACCGACCUCAACUACCCGCUCAAGCGCACCACUAUCCCCUUCUGGGCCGUUCCAAUUAUUGCAGUUUUCGUGCCAUGCCUGGUGUUCCUGGCUGUUUACUUACGAAGAAAGGAUGUUUACGAUCUCCAUCACGCCGUUUUAGGCAUUUUGUAUUCGGUGCUGGUGACGGGGAUGCUGACUGACGGGCUCAAGGACGCCGUGGGCCGGCCUCGGCCCGACUUCUAUUGGCGUUGCUUUCCCGACGGAAGAGCGGUCUACGACGACAUCACCGCGCGUGCUCUGUGCCACGGCCCGAAGAACUCAGUCGACGACGGAUACAAAAGCUUUCCCAGCGGCCAUGCUUCUUGGUCGUUUGCGGGUUUGGGUUUCUUCUCGUGGUACCUCGCGGGCAAGAUCCGUGCCUUUGAUCGCCGAGGCCACGUAGCGAAGCUCUGCCUCGUGAUGCUCCCUUUAUCGGCGGCCACCGUCGUGUCCAUCACGCUGGUGAACGACUACAUGCACCACUGGGACGACGUCUUCGCCGGCGGCCUGCUAGGGUUGGAGAUCGCACGCGUCUUCUCGGGCGUUAGCCGAGUCGAGAUAUCCGGAAGCGGGCGAAGAUAUUUAAGGCAUUAA